UUUGCCGUGAAAGACUUAAGAGCUGAAGGUCGACGGGACCCUCAAUCAAGGCUUCAAAUUCUUUUAGUGGUUGUUCUUUUGUCAGCAUGGAGACCCAAGAAGCAAAGCUCAUCAAUAAAGGCCUGGAGGAUGAGAUGGAGAUGUGGGGGUGGAAAAGGAUCCUGGUCGGGGUAGGUGCAUUUUUCUCUGCUGGACUCCUGCUCCUGCUGCUUUACUGGCUGCCCGAGUUGGGGGUCAAAGCCACCUGCACACUAACGUCACUGACGGAAGCGCAAACGCUGCUGCUCAGGACCACGGAUGAUUUCAAGCAGUGGUUUUGUGCCAAAGUGCACAUGAUGCUGGCUUCUGGUAAGACGCCCUUUGAUAGUAUCAAGUACUUCACCCACCAUAGUAUCAAAUAUUACUGGAAUGAAGGUUCCCACAACUUUGAAUCAUUUAAGGGUUUGGAGGACACCAAGUUGACAUGUGCUGCAAUUCACACUGACCACAGCUGUGGACUCACUAAAACACUACGGGAGUACAGAGCUUUCUUUUUUGGGGAGAAUGAGAUUGAUGUAAAAGUUCCGCCUUUACCAAAACUCUUUGCUCAAGAGGUGUUGAAUCCUUUUUACAUCUUACAGCUCUUCGGUAUUGUUCUGUGGAGUUUUCAGGAGGUGUACCACUAUUCUUUGUCUGUGUUUAUAAUGGCAAUUAUUUUAAUUGCCACCUCUUUGUACACAAUUAGAAAGCAAUUUGUGACACUCCACAACAUGGUAGUAGCACACUGUAAGGUACAAGUAUCAGUGUGCAGAGGAAGUGAAGGUGUCGAGCAAGUCUUGUCGACUGAGCUUGUGCCUGGUGAUGUCAUCGCAAUUCCAGCCAAUGGGAUGAUCAUGCCCUGUGAUGCUGCGCUUAUCUGUGGCUCCUGCACUGUUGAUGAGAGCAUGUUGACAGGGGAGAGUGUACCUGUUACUAAGAGCAGUGUACCAAGUUCAGGUGAGGAUGCAGAGAGGCUCUACAGUACAGAAAAACACAAACAACACACCCUCUUCUGUGGCUCACACGUGAUCCACAGCCAUCACUAUGCUGGUGAGCUGGCAAAGGUGGUCGUGGUCAGAACAGGUUUUAGUACAGAAAAAGGCCAGCUGGUGCGCUCCAUCCUCUACCCAAAACCCAUCAACUUCAGAUUGCACCGUGAUGCUGUCCAAUUCCUGAUGUAUAUGGCGGGGGUGGCAGUGAUUGGCUUUGUCUACACCGUCACGAUCAGUGUCAGAAAUGAGGUUCCUCUGCAGUCCAUCAUCUUUGAUUCUCUGAACAUCGUCCUUGUUUCUGUCCCCGUGUUCUUGCCUAUGACCUUAACAGUUGGCCUUGUGCACGCACAACGGCGCAUGAAGCAAGUUGGGAUUUUUUGCAUCAGUCCGCAAAGGAUCAACAUCUCUGGUCAACUGAACCUGGUCUGCUUUGACAAGACUGGUAGUCUCACUGAGGACAGUUUGGACCUAUGGUGUAUUCAGAAAGCUGAAGGUGGCAUUUUUUCAGCUCCAAACACUGAGGUGAUCACAGGGAGUCUGGUGAAGACUUCGUUUUUUGCCUGCAUGGCAACGUGCCACUCGCUGACCAGUUUAAACGGCAAACUCUAUGGAGACCCUUUGGAAAUCAAGAUGUUCAGUGCCACAGGGUCGAACCUCACGGAGGAAAAAAAUAAACAGACUGAAGUUCAUGAUCUCAAAAUUUCCACCGUUGUACGAUUUCCUGAUCAGUCCAGGGAGUUUGGCAUUGUGCGCCAGUUCCCUUUCUCUUUGGGACUGAAGAGAAUGAGUGUGGUGGACCGGCAGCUGGGACAAAAUCACUUGGACGUCUACCUGAAAGGAGCACCAGAAACUGUAGCUAACCUCUGCAAACCACACACAGUCCCGCAGAGUUUUACAGAGACUCUGGAGUCUUACACACGUCAAGGAUUCAGGGUUAUUGCCUUGGCUCAUCAUCAGUUGGAGUCUGACCUCUGCUGGUCUAAAGUCCUGAGUCUCAGCAGAGAGCAGGUAGAGUCUAACUUGGACUUCCUUGGUUUGAUCGUCAUGCAGAACAAACUCAAAAAAGAAACUGCUGGUGUAUUGGCUGACUUACGACAAGCCAACAUUCGAACUUUGAUGGUUACAGGUGACAACAUGUGGACAGCAAUAUCAGUGGCUCGAGACUGUGGGAUGAUUCAAGCUAAUGAGAACGUCAUUAUUGCAGAUGCUGUCCCCCCGAGUCAUCAAAACCCUGCUAGUAUCAUAUGGCGCUACACUGAAAACCCUGUUUUGAACAAUAAUCAGAGGGCUGAGAUCAGCUUUGCAGAUGGCGAUGUGCACUGUUUGGGGGACCCAGACUAUCACUUUGCUGUGAGUGGCCAAGCCUUCGCUGUCAUCACUGAAUAUUUUCCACAACUUUUCCAGAAGCUCCUCUUGAGAGCCUCUUUGUUUGCCCAUAUGACUCCAGACCAGAAGACUCGACUAGUCCAAGCCCUGCAGGGCAUUGAUUACACUGUUGGGAUGUGUGGGGAUGGUGCUAACGACUGUGGGAUGAGUAGGUACUCUCACAGUGGGAUCUCUUUGUCUGAGCUGGAGGCCUCUGUGGCUUCUCCCUUCACAUCGUCCAUCGCGAAUAUCUCCUGCAUGCCCAACCUCAUCAGAGAAGGCCGUGCUGCUCUUGUCACAUCUUUCUGUGUGUUCAAGUUCAUGGCCCUCUUCAGUCUUAUCUUGUUUUGCAGCAUGACUUUGCUCUUCUCGGCUGUCGAUAACUUUGGAGUUUUUCAGUUCCUCUUGAUUGACUUUGGCAUCGGUUUAUUUGUGCCCUUUACAAUGAGCCUGAACCCUGCGUGGAAUAGUCUGGUGCGGCGCAUGCCGCCUACCUCUCUGCUUUCUGGACAGAUGCUCUCCUCAAUUUUCUCUCAAAUCCUCAACUGCCUGCUCUUCCAGUUUUUGACUUUCUUCUUGGUACAACAACAGAGUUGGUAUCAGACACCCAUGUCAAUGUAAGAGAAUAUUUACAGUUUCGGUGACACUUGCAGCCUGAAUGAAACUGAAGCUGAAUACAAGCACAACUUCAAGAGCUUUGAAAACACCUCCGUCUUCUAUGUCUCUACAUUCCAGUACUUGAUUGUAGCCAUUGUCUUCUCCAAAGGAAAACCUUUCAGACAACCAAGCUAUAAAAACUGGCCUUUUAUAUUGACCUGCUCAAUUCUGUAUGCUUUUCUCUUGUUCAUCAUCCUGAAUCCAGUUCCUUCUAUCGACAACCUAUUUCAGAUUGCGUGCAUUCCCUACGCCUGGCGCAUUACACUUAUCAUUAUUGUUUUUAUUUUGAUCCAUGACACUUUGUGGAGGAUAAUUACAGCCCAUCUGUGUGAAAAUGGAGCCAGGAAUCCCCUCGCUAUUAAAUCAAUGCAGAUGGUGAAUGACCGUCGGGGCUCGCCCUUCCUCUCCAGGAUCUUCUGCAGGCAAAACCGUCCUCCAAAGAGUAAAUACGAGUGCCUGGCUCUGAAAGUGCAGGAUGAGCCUGACUGGCCUCCCGCACCCUCCACUACCACCUAUGCCAGCACUGCUCAGUAUCACAUUUCUGUCCCUUUGUGACAUCAACAAAUAAAAGUCAGCUGGGAAACAUGU